AUGACGACUGCAUCCUGUGGCAUCCUGCUCAAGGAGAACGAGUCAGGGGAGUGGACGGAGGAGGUGGGCUGCAGUCUUCAUGGGGUCUCUUCAGGCUGCCUGGUCCCCUCACUGAAGGUCUUGGCUCCUGCCACAGGCCCUGCCCACACACUUCUUCUGUACCGGAAGCUUGCCCUUAAGAACCACCCUUUGAAAUCAAGUGACCCUGYGGCUAAAGAGACCUUUAAGCAAAUAGCAGAGGCCUAUGAUGUGCUGAGUGACCCUGUGAAGAGAGCCAUCUAUGACAAGUUCGGAGAAGAAGGCCUGAAGGGCGGGAUUCCCCUGGAGUUUGGAUCCCAGGCCCCGUGGACAGCUGGCUACGUCUUCCACGGCAACCCUGCUAAGGUGUUCCAUGAGUUCUUCGGGGGAGACAACCCCUUCAGUGAAUUUUUUGAUGCAGACGGAAGUGAAGUGGAUUUAAAUUUUGGGGGGCUCCGAGGCCGAGGGGUCAAGAAGCAGGAUCCCCCCAUUGAACGGGACCUCUAUUUGUCCUUGGAGGACUUAUUCUUUGGCUGCACUAAAAAAAUUAAGAUCUCCCGAAGAGUGCUAAACGAGGAUGGGUACUCCUCUACCAUCAAGGACAAGAUCUUGACGAUCGAUGUGAAGUGUGGUUGGAGGCAGGGCACACGCAUCACCUUUGAGAAGGAAGGGGACCAGGGCCCGAACAUCAUCCCAGCCGACAUCAUCUUCAUCGUAAAGGAGAAGCUCCACUCUCGCUUCCGCAGGGAGAACGACAACCUCCUCUUUGUGUAUCCCAUCCCUCUGGGCAAGGCCCUCACCUGCUGCACUGUGGAGGUGAAGACUCUAGAUGACCGUCUACUCAACAUCCCCAUCAAUGACAUUGUCCAUCCCAAGUACUUCAAGAAGGUGCCAGAGGAGGGGAUGCCUUUGCCCGAGGACCCCACCAAGAAGGGGGACCUCUUCAUCUUCUUUGACAUCCAGUUCCCCACCCGCCUCACACCUCAAAAGAAGCAGAUGCUGCGUCAGGCACUGCUGACCUGACGCGGGGGGAGGUGGGGGCUGGAGUCGUGGAGGAGAGGGCUCCGGGCCUGACUCCUCCGGCCCCACAAGUGCAGGGCUGAGGAGAGGGAGGAGGGCUGGGAAGCUAAGCUGACAUAAUAAAGAUUUAUUAUCCUCCAUUUUCACCCUGGAGAGUGUUGGGGAGGAGCUUCCUGCUGGCAUUUUUAU